UAAAACGUCCAUAAUGCAUAAAAUAGUUCGUAAUGCUGCUAAUGUUAGUCAUCUCUAAUAAUUUGUGGCACCGCGCGUAAAACAGCAUACUUUCCGCUUCCUAGGCGAGAGUGUUCGUGUGCACCCACAGCCACAGUAAUCAUCGCGUUCGUGUCGCGUUCGUUCCGCGAGUGCUGGUGCCAAACAAGAAGAAAGUAGAUCAGCUCACCAACUCCAGCGAGCGCGUUACAGCACACAUACAGCGCCGUCCCGAAUUGCAUUCUCCUCCAGCGACGGAAAUUCUUCGCUUGGCUGGGGGCCACAGCACGAUCCGUGAUCCACGUGAAAAGCAACACUGCUACGCCCCCAGCUCUGCCCCUCAGCCCUCCGCACUCCGGCACCGUGAUCCGGGAGUGGCGGAAUUGUCGGAAAUGGUCGGUUCGGUGCAGUAAGGGAAACUGUGUCGGUGGCAAACGCAUCAAGUGGUGUGUGCAUCAUGACGGUGGGUGCCUCCGAAGAAAGUGGCAAUUGAAGGAAAGUGGAUUGAGCGUUUGGUGCGGAAGCGUUUGCCAGGAGGUGUUACUGGUGUUGCACGCCAUCGAGCCGUGCCAGGAGCGAAGAAAAGUGAGGAAAGCGAGUCGCGUGCGCUCACAUACCCGCGCGCCUGUGCAUCCGUGUGCGUGAAUGAGUGUGUGUGUGUGUGUGUUUUGAAUAGUAGUGAAAAUAAUAAUAAGCGAAGGUGUGCGAAGAAGAAGAAGAGUUUGUUUUUAAUGUAACAACGAAGUGCCACUACUGCCAGAGGCCAAAUUAGAAAGGGAAGAGAUAGAGUGAAGUCCGUACGUUGCGUUGUUGGUCCGCGGUGGCUCGCUUGUGUGUUUUGCUUGCUCUCCUUGCGACUAAACCAGCACCCGGGCUGCUCAACGAAUGCGGAUGGUCCUCGCUUCGCCAUCCUCAAGCGCAUCCGGUCGUUUGCCUCAGCACGGCACCGCACUGCCACGGGCCAGCGACGACGAACGGUGGCACCCGAGGAGCAGCAGCAUGAAAUGAAUCGACAGCAAUGGGCUCGCAAACGUUAAAAAUCCUGCGGCAGGGUGUGCUGGCCAGCUUGACCGGCGGCUGGUACUAUGACGUGCAUCAGAAUGUCUUCUGCAAUGCCGUCCAUCUGUACAUUUGGCUGUUUUUGUUGUUUCUUCCGUUCAUCAUUUAUAUGUACUUCCCGACCACCGUAGCGGUGUGGAGCGUUUACUGCGUGCUGAUCGCGAUCAUCAUCACGUUCUUCAAGAUGGUGAACGUGGCGCUGCACCGCAUGUACGACCGGGCACGUACACUGUCCGAGACGAACCUGAAGAAGCCCGGAAGCGCGAGCUCGAAAGUGCCGCGCGAAGCGGGCGCCGGCAUCGGUAUCGGCGGCUCGGGCGACGACGAGCCCGGUAUCGAGAUGCAAAUCCUCGGCACGGGGGAGGUGGCCGGCAGCACGCCCCCGGCGAACGUGUCGUCGCGCACGUCGGUGGAGCACCACAGCGACGAGAACAGCUACGCCAACAGUGCGAUCUCGAUCGACUACCAGGAGCAGGUGACGAGCACGAUCGAUCUGAAGGUGGACGUGCAUCGGAAGAACAGCUCCGAGUCGAGCGACAGCGGCCUGAGCGGCGGCGGUGGUGGUGCGUCUGGCAGUGGGCCCACGGGUGCCGGCACCGGUGGCGUGGCCGGCGGCGCAACCGGUGGCGGUCUGGUCGGAGCGGUCGUGCCGUCGGCCGCCUGCAGCGAUGCCUGCUUUCGGAGCGACCGCAUUGCGGAGGCGAACAACGAGACGCCGUUCGGUGCGCCGGUCGUCCGGUACGGCGGGCCGGUGAAAACGCACACGGCGGAAGUGUGCAGCACGGGCACGCACAAGCGUUCGCUUUCCACGCCCAGCCAGGACCGGUUUUCCGAGCUGGUGCUCGAGACGGUGAUGCGCGAGAUGACGCGCGAGUUCGGCGAUUUGCCGCUGGCCGCCAACGGUGCGACCGGCGCUGGCGGUGGUGGCGGCGGGAAGAGCGGCGAGGCUGUGACGGGCUCGCGGCUGCUGGGCGCGCAGUCGAACGCCUCCCUGCGGCGGCAUCAGUACAAGUCGAAGCGGAAACAGCGCUUCAUGAACAGUCAGCUGCAGCGCCAAAUAUCGCUCGAUUCGGAAAAGCUGAACGGUAGCAACGUGUUUGCGGACGAGCUGGCCGGAUGCGAUCAGGGCAAGUUGGGCGGCGAGAUGCCCGACGGUGGGACGCGUAACCGGCGACGGGCAACGGGUGGCACCGGCGGCGGCAGUACGGAUGCGGGCGGGGUCGGCCCCGAGGGAGGGUUGCAGCUGCAGCGGCACCUUAGCUCGGACGAUCAGAACAACAAAUCGGUCGGCUCGUUGUUCCACCAUCAGCUGCACCAUCACCACCACCACCAUCACCAUCACAUGCUGGCGCUGCAGAAUCUCGACCCCGAUCUGUACAUGGAUCACAACUACACGAAAUCGGCGGUCCAGCUGGCGAUAGCGGACACGGGCAGCGGGAACGAUGCGUCCGGCAAGAUCACGUACCUGCUGCACCAGACCACCCCGAUCCGGCGGGACUCGAGCAGCACCAUGUCGGCGCUGCAGCUGCCGACGAUCGCGAGCAGCAGCAGCGGUCCGGUCGGCGCAUCCAGCGUCGGGGGAGGCGUGUCGGGGGACGGUGUCAGUACGGCGGGCCUGGGGGCGGGCGGUGAUCGGGCUGUCAGCAGGGGCGGCAACAAUGCGUCCGGCAAGCGGCGCAGACACUCGAACACGGCCGCCAACACGGCCGGCGGUAAUGGCGCGGGCAGACCGCUGCCCCGCUCGCUGACGUCGGUCCGGCGGAUUAAGAGUGCCGCGCUGGAAACGUGCAGCCCCGCCUCGAUACCCAACCUGACGCCGACGCACCCGAACAGCGUGGAGGUGAUCGGUGGGCAGACGCUGCGCAACCCGCGCCACACGGUGCUGCCGCCGCCCAGCAAGUGCUUAUCGCGCAAUCCGUACCUGAACUUGUUUACGAAAUCGAACGAAGGAAGCAGUGGAACCGGGCUGGUGGACGUGUGCGGCGGCGGUGGCGUGGCGGGAGGGUCGUCCAGCUUCGCGGGCGCUGGUUGUGAUAGUGCUGCUGCCUUCGAAUCGGUGCUACCCGGUGCAACGAAUGCCGGCAGCGACCCGGUCUACCCGAUCGCGGAACAGUCGGACGAAAGUACGCCGGUAAAGAGUGCGGCCGGGACGGGCAGGGUGAUGGCGCGGGACGAAAGUACGCCUCCAGUGCAACGGUUCGAUCUGCACUCCGACUCCGAGGAUGGGCUGGAGGAUGACGACGAGGACGAGGAGGACGAAAGGGACGGCGAGGAAGAGGAGGACGACGAUGAUGUUGAUGAGGAGGAGGAGAACAUCGAGCAGGAGGCGCCGGGUCGGGAAGAGCGAUCGCGGCAGGAUGGAGAGGAGCUGCGGGGGGAGAGCUAUUAUGCCGCGGAAGAACUGAAGAAACCCGACAGGAUAGGUGAUAGUGAAGAGGAUCUCACACUGCACGACCAGCUACGACGAUUGCACCACCAACAGCAGCAGCAACAGCUACAACCAAGGAUGUCCGAGGGGGUGGAUGAUUCGCUGGAGGACGCGGCUGGCGUUGAAUCGGACAUGGAACAUCCGGACAGUGGGCCCCAGUCGACCGAUUCCGACACGGAAACGAAUGCCGGCUCGCGUUCGCCGCUGCUAGAGCCGCGAACGCAUCGAACCAACUCCGAGCAGCAGGUCGGGGCGGCCACCAUUGUGGAGGCGAAAAAUGCGGCCUGCUGCGCCAUAGUGCCUCCGAAGCUGAUUGGCAGCGAGGUGAAGAAGACGUCCUCGAGUCCAACGAUCAGCUGCAGCGACAGUAGCGCACUGCACCUGCACCAUCACCACAUGCUGCGUUCGCCGAUGAAGGCGUUCGAGGAGACGGGCUGCCUGUCGUCGAGCGACUGGGAGCAGGCCAGCGCAAGCUCCAAAGAUCUGCUCAUCGCGAAGGACGGUGCGGUCGCGAAGGAGGGACACGGUGCGAGUGGAGCACUGAAGAAGGCUGUGGCGACUAGUGAAUCCGACCCGCAAAUUCCUGGCUCGAGUGGUGCAGCUAGCAAGACGAAAACGAACGACGAAGCAACCGCCGGCUGCUCGGCUGUAACGGACACAGCAAACGGCUCCACCCUGUCGGUCGCCCAACUGCAGCAGCAGCAGCAGCCGCGCAACUUAGGUGCGAUACCGAAAACAUCUCCACCCGGCCGCAGUGCCAGCGUGCGGCGGUUGAGCGUGGAGGAAAACUAUCCCAGCACGAGUAGCAAGAUCUACAAUCGGUCCCUUUCCCAGCGACUGCUCGCCGAGCGCAUACCGGAAAACUCCACUGCCGCGCCGCUAAUCACGUUUCUCAACUACCGGUCCGAUGUGCCAAUCCCGCCGAUCUAUCUGCCCGGGAACAGUGCGCUGUCGGAGCAGCAGACGGCUAGCUUUACCUUUCGUCGACCGGCACCACUGCCCGCGCGUCCCUACCGCCAGCUGAACUGCCGCUUGCGCAUGCUUAAAUCGGAUGGUGGCAGUGAGGGCGGGGCCGGCUCGUCGUCGCUCGCUCAGUCGGGUGUAUCCUCUUCCGCUGGAGUGGCAGCAUCGAGCGCCGGCACGGCCGCUGCCGCUGGAGAGUACUGGCGGGACGAUGAUAAUAACAACUGCAACUACUGCCUGGACGCACUGGAAAGUCCGCAGACGCGGUUACAAUCCCUGGCCACGGCCGGUGCUGCUGCCGGUGGAGCUGGCUUUGCUGGCUAUCCUGCCGGGGCGCACGCAGCAUCUGUCACGGCGCUGAUGCCGGGAACCGUCGGAGAGGUGCCUUUGAAUUUCUACGUCACGGACGAUUCCGAUCGGUGGUUGCGCUGCGCGGCCAACGUGCUAAAGGAGCGGUUCGGUGCGUUCAACCAUCAUUUGCACUCGCACCACCACCUGCACCACCACCAUCAUCACCAUCGGACGAUCAGCAUUAGCGGUCCGUCGACGAGCGGCACAUCGGGCGUGAUCGGCGGGCUGGGCAGUGGCGGUGUUGGCGGCAGCAGCGGGUUGGCAUCGGGCGGCCCAACGGGCGGCACGAUCUCGUCCACAGGCGAUGACUUCAACACGGCGUCCAUCAAUUCGGGCAGCGGCAUCGCGGACAAAACGAUCGUCGCCUCGACCGAUUGCAGUCUGUCGCGGGCACAAAGCACGAUCGACGUGGUGCCCCACUCGAUGUUUGGCGAAUCGGGACCGAAGGUGCGCCCGAAGCGGUACUACAAGCUGUCGCUGCGGUUUCUGUGCUUCCGGGAGCACCUGAACAUAUCGAUGAACCGGCUGCAGCUGCUGGCGCUGUUCGAUCGCGACACGAGCUGGGUGCAGGUGGUGCUGGCGAUCGCGCUCUGCACGCUGGUCUCGCUGCUCGGCUCGCUGGUGCUGUUUCAGAAGUUUUACGAAGAUCUGUACGCGUUCAUCUUUUGCUUCGUGAUUGCGGGGAGCCAGUACUCGCUGCUCAAGAGCGUGCAGCCGGAUGCGGCGUCCCCGAUUCAUGGCUUCAACAAAACCGUCACCUACUCGCGGCCGAUCUACUUCUGCCUGUGCUGUGGGCUGCUGCUGGGUAUUCACCAGCUGCUGCGCGAGUAUCAGCUCGACAUGGGGCGCGACACGGUGUCGAUCGUGCUGUUCGGCUCGCCGAUCUCGAUCGUAGCGUUUCUGCAGUCGGCUCAAACCGUACUGAAGUAUGUGAUACUGUUCUUUCCGCUGCUGUUCUGUCUGGGCCUGUUUCCGCAGAUCAACACCUUCACCAUGUACUUCCUGGAGCAGGUCGACAUGCAUCUGUUCGGGAGCAAUGCGUCCUGCAGCCUGCUGGCGUCCUUUCUGUCGGUGGUGCGAUCGAUCGUCGCUUGCACGCUGCUGUUUGGGCUCGUGUACGGCGCACUGUCCGAAACGGGAACGCAGCACGUGCUGUUCUCCAUGUACUGCGCGUUUCUGGUGACGGUGUCGUACCAUCUGUCGCGCUGCGCCAGCGACUACACCUACAUCUGGGCAGUGAUCAAGUCGAGCCUGCUGACGCACUCCGACUACGAUGAUGCGUCGAGCAAGGAGGAUUCGAAAAUAUCGUCCGACUCGGGUGACGACGGCAAGGAGGAUGGGCAGCGCCAUUCGAGCGGUGACGGUGGGGCCGGCGGCUCGGCCCGCUCCACCGACGAGAUGAACCGGGACUUUGACGAGGAGGCGGGACGGGACGCAGUCGCCAAGGAGCUGGACGAUCCGCUGCCCCGCAAGCUGCAGGAUACGGUGACGGCUCGCCUCAAGAACGACGCGGUCGUGUGCGUGGUGCUAUCGGUGGCCAUGUUCAGCCUGCACUGCAGCACCGUGUUUACCGUGCUGCAGCCCGAAAUCAAUCACGUGCUGCACUCUGGUGCCUGCAUUCUUGGCUUCCUGAUGCAUUACAUCGUGCCACAGCUGCGCAAACAUCUGCCCUGGCUGUGCAUUGCGAAGCCGAUCCUGAAGCCGGAAGAGUUUGGCCUGUUCGAGGUGCACAAGCUGUCGAAGAUAAUGUGGUUCGAGACGAUGUACGUGGUGCUGUGCUUCUUCGAGCGUAACAUCCUUUACCCGCUGAUCUUCAUCAGCGCACUGACCGCCGACUGCGGACAGAUUGCGGACAAGUUUGGUCUCACGUUCGGUUCGAUCCUGAUCGUAAUGUGCAGCUUGAAAUGCGUCCGAAAUGCGUACUCCGACACUGGCAGCCAGUACGUUAUACUCAUCUUUACGGUGCUCUUCUUUCGAUCGGACUACAAAAUGUCGAGUGAAACGUUUCUUUUGGACUAUUUCCUCAUUUCGAUCCUCUAUCGCAAGAUUGCAGAAUUCUUGCUAAAGCUACAAUUUGUGGUAACAUACAUCGCACCGUGGCAAAUAACGUGGGGCUCCGCGUUCCACGCCUUUGCCCAACCGUUCAGCGUACCGCACUCGGCGAUGCUGUUUCUGCAGACGGCGAUCAGUGCAAUCCUGUCAACACCUCUCAAUCCAUUCCUUGGAAGUGCCAUAUUUCUCACCUCGUACGUACGCCCGAUUAAGUUCUGGGAGCGUGACUACAACACACGGCGCAUCGAUCACUCGAACACCCGGCUGAGUUCGCAGCUCGAGCGCGAUCUCGGUGCGGAUGAUAAUAAUCUGAACAGCAUAUUCUACGAGCACCUGACGCGAUCGCUGCAGCAUUCCCUGUGCGGCGAUCUGCUGAUGGGUCGCUGGGGAAACGUCAGCCAGGGAGAUUGCUUCGUGCUUGCCUCUGAUUAUUUAAACUGCCUUGUACACAUCAUCGAACUCGGCAACGGGCUGUGUACGUUUCAAAUGCGUGGCCUCGAAUUUCGAGGCACCUACUGUCAGCAGCGCGAAGUCGAAGCAAUCUCCGAAGAGGUGGAAGAUAAUAUCGGAUGCUGUUGCUGUACGAUCGGCCAUUUGCCGCGUAUGUUAAGUGCCAAUGCAAUGUUCACGACGCGCUGGUUAGCCUGGCAAGUGAUGGCCUCCAAGUACGUGCUGGAGGGCUACUCCAUCUCAGAUAACUCGGCCACUGCCACCAUGCAGGUGUUUGAGUUCCGCAAGGUGCUCAUUUCGUAUUACGUAAAGAGCAUCAUCUACUACACACUCCGAUCGCCGAAGCUGAUGAGCUGGCUGCAGUCGCAAGCGAUAGAGGAAGCGCUCGAACACACCACCGACCGGCAGUUUGUGGAUUUGGACCCAGUGUUCAACAUCAACCUGGACGACGACUACGACUCGCGGGCUGCCGGCAUUACGCGCAGCAGCUUCUGGUGUGUUUACGGCGACUGGAUACAGUUUUGCAGCGACAAAAAGCGCCAGCAGCUUCAGGCGGCCCUGAACGAGCGAACGCCAAGGAAAACUACCGGAGCGGCAACGGCUACUGCUACGACUGCUGCUCCAUCAACCGCCACUCCUGGCGAUAGUGGAGCUGGGAACUGUUUCGUUUCGUCCUCAUCGAAUGCAAAUGUUAUGAAAGCAGAUAGUGCCAGCGGUGCGACAAAGGACGGCAAAGGAUCGACGGGUUGUGCUGCCGGCACGAUCACCGGAUCGACGGUACUGGAUGGCUGGAUGGAAGCAGGAUCGGCAGAUAGCAAGGCAGAAUGUGGCGAAUCUAGUGGAACAAAUGGGAAUACUGUACCAGCGGGCACGUCCUCGACCGGAGCAUCGGCCGGGUCGCAAGCGAAUGGUGCGAUAUCAACGAACAAUGCAUCGAAUGGGUCUGCCAAUGGGACGUCGUUUUUCAAAUCGAACCGUGACUCCCUGGUGACCUCGUUGUGUAUGUCCUUGGCGCUGUUGGCGCGGCGCACUCUUGCCACCGCCAGCCACAGUUCCUCGUGCGGCGUAGAGUUCUUUCUGCACGGGUUGCACGCGCUGUUCAAAGGCGACUUUCGUAUCACCUGCCCGAGGGAUGAGUGGGUGUUUGCGGACAUGGAGCUGCUGCACGGUGUGGUUGCGCCGGCAGUGCGAAUGUCGCUGAAGCUUCACCAGGACCACUUUCUCUGCCCGGACGAGUACGACGAUUACAGCAACCUGUACAAUGCGAUCGACUUCCACACGAAGGAACUGGUGAUUUCGCACGAAGCCGAUCCGCUGUGGCGCAAUGCGGUGUUGCGCGGGACGCCCAACUUGCUCGCCUUGCGCCACGUCAUGGACGACGGGUCGGACGAAUAUCGCGUCAUCCGGCUGACGAAGCGAUUUCUUACCUUCCGGGUGAUCAAGCUGAAUCGCGAGUGUGUGCGUGGCCUUUGGGCUGGGCAGCAGCAGGAGCUGAUCUAUCUGCGCAAUCGCAAUCCCGAGCGGGGCAGCAUACAGAACGCAAAGCAGGCGCUGCGGAACAUCAUCAACUCGUCGUGCGAUCAGCCCAUCGGCUAUCCGAUCUACGUGUCGCCGCUCACGACCUCCUAUGCCGAAACAAACGCACAGCUCUGCCGAAUAAUCGGUGGCGAGAUAACGCUGGAGAAAAUUCAGUCCAUGCUGAUCCGCACCUGGAAGCGUAUACGCCAGCGAUGCCGGGAAGGGUGCAGCAGCGGCAGUGCCAUCAUCGAGGGCGAAAUGACGGAAAUGCAGGGCGUGUACUGCAACACACCGACGCCGAACAACACGCUGUCGGGCACAGCGGGCACGCUCUCGUACGGCAGCCAGAACAUGUCGAUCUCGGGCGCAGCGGCGACUCGCGGCAGUAUGGCGAGCAUUAACAAACCGACCAGCUCCACGCUGCUGGCAGGAUUUUUGAUACGCGAGAGGGACGCCGAACGGGAAGCAAUGGCGAUGGGGACGACGGGUGUGCGCGAACGGAGCACUAUUGCCAAGCGGAACGUUGGCAGCACGAGCAAGGACCGCAUCGAUUGGGCCGCACUGCAGAUAAACAAGCGCGACUCGUUCCGCGAGGUGCUGGCGGAAGCGGUCGCUGCAGCGGCCGGCGGUGCUAGUGGCAGCGGAAACGACAGCUCUGUCGGAGCCGACGAUGAAAGCCAGAGCACUGCUGGCGGCAGUCCUAACUCGACGUUGAAGCAGCAGGGAAGCGUUGAAUCCACGUCCGGUCUGGCUAGCGGGUACGUCCACAAAGCGAACGUUCCUUCGUCGAUGCUUUCGGGUGGUGGAUCGGGGUUUAGCGCGGCCCUAGCGAGCGGAGGUAAUGGGGUCGCUGCCGGUAGUCGCAUUCCCGGGGUGCCGGGAACGUUGACCUUUACCCUCUCACCACCGGACGAUGCUCCGUACUCGCUGUUUGUGAUGGCGGAGGCGCAGCCGGACGAACCAAAGACCAGUGUGCAGUGGAUGCAUUCGCCGCCAACAAUCGGACUGAACAAGAAGGUGAUCAUUGUGGAUGCAUCCCAGAUAUAUGACUGCCUCGAUCUGGGGCGUCGUAUUGACGUGACUUGGCCGAAUGAACAGUUUCGGUCGAGUGGAGGACGCUCGUCGUGGAAAGAAUGGAGCCCACAGGAGGGUAUGGUGGGAAACGUUGUACACUACUGGCAGCCGAACCAUCCUGACCAUCACUACCGAUCAAACGUAAAUCGCACCAUCCUGCUAGUUAAGAUCGGCGAACGGCAUGUACCGAUCGGUGAAAAGGGUAUAAAGGAGUACAACACGAUCGGUUUGGUUGCAGCGGAAACUCUCCCCACUACCGUGCAGGGUGAUGAAUCUAGCAGGAGUGGCGUCGCGCCAGCACGACAGCAUUCCCUGGAGGCAGUUAGUGAGGAUACAACAUCUGCCAUUGCCGUAGACUCAUUGACGAUUGUGUCCAGCGAUCGUGCGUCAACCGAAGCGAAUGACAUGCAGUCCUCCCCACAGAGUGAAACACAGAUAACUUCCACAACCGGCAAUAUAGCGAGCCAGGGUGGCACUGAAUCCGAACCAAAGGGUGUACCAGAUAGCAUGGAGGAGCCUGCCGAGUCGUCGGUGGACGCAGCGCAAACGAAAUAGUACCCGACUGGGGGCCGCACACGAAAAGCAUCUGUUGCAUCUCGAAGCACUCGAAAGACAUCACAUACGUUAAAUGUGUUGCUUUAAUUACCUAAGGAGGUUUUUGCGUGAAGGUUGGUAAGUUGUAGAACGAACUACACUACGACUGUAAAUAGCUAUUUUCAUCAUCGCCUUAUUCAUGUUAUAGUUUAAUUGUAGCGAAGCGUGGUUUGUUGUACGUGUUCGUUUUUUGUAGUUUUCGUUGGUAUCUCUGGCAUCUAUUAGGGCAUCAGCUUUUUCACUUGAUUGCACUAAGCUGCUAGAUAUGCGUAACGUAAACUUCGCGAAAUGAAGCACGGUAUGCGUUUAGGUACCAAACAGAGGGGCGUAAAAGAGAGUGAUAAGGUGCAAGCAUGAAGAAUUUGAUAAGAGUAAUGAUAGAGAGCGGUUAGGUAUUAGGGACAACGUUUCCUACCUACAAAGUAACACGUAACAUAUGCAAAAAAACCGAUAUCGAGUGAGUCAAAAUUGUAUCAAACAAUGUUCCACUGUUGUUGAACAGUUUACAGUAUUCGUACGAUUUAGCUUCAAUUUGCUCCGUUGUGUUGUUUACUCUUUUUCUUUAAUCUCAAAGAUUCACAAGACAAGUCACUUGUUUUUAAUGCAAUAUCAAUGUUUUUUUUUAAUGUUUCUCUACAUAACUGUUUCGUGUAUCAUGUUAUCUGUUUUGCUUUUAACACUCAGCAAUAGUUUAAAAACGAGAUUGUGCUUCAUCUGUUUUCAUGUUAUUGUACGCAUCCCACAGACAUAUUCCAUGCGUCUCCCCCGAUAGUUGUUUUCACAGGUCCUUUAGGCUUCAGAACGUAAUAUUUUCCGCACUUUCUAUUACACAAGCUCGUACUUGCGUACAGAAUUUUAAAACUGUUUUACUAGCUAGAAAAAUAAAACAAAAGCCGGAGAGCGCAGGAAGCGUAGAUCGUUGAGCUAGGCCACCUCCUCUUCCCCCAUCAUCAUCACCUUUAGUAUGAAACCGAUUGAUCUGUUGUGUAUGCGUGAGUUAUGUAGCGAGAGCGUAAGCGAAAUGCCCGCAGAAAAUCGCAAAAAUAAGAAUGGAAUCGAAGGAAACAAACGCGAUGAAAUGUGAUAAUUAACGUUUAAGUGAAAACAAAAAAAUCAUAUAUAGAUAUGGUGUAAAGUAGAUAAAAGAUUGAAAGGCUUGCCUCUAAUGUUUGCUUUAGGAAUGGUUUUAAGGAUUGUAAAGAGAAAAAAAACAUAGAUAGGACCAGAAAUAGUUGAAGAAAAAAGUCAUACGAAGAAUUAAAAUAGAGAAAUCAUGGAACUAACCAACAAUGCUAUAUUCGGCACUCGUUUACUCGUUAUAUCGAAAGUUCGUUAAAUUAUUAUGUAGAGAUCAAGAAAUGACGUUUGCAGCCAAACAAAGCAGUAAGACAACACGAUACGAUUUCGCAUUCCGCGGACGAUACGAGUGGAGCAGGGACACAGAAAGGGAAGGGUGAGGGAGAGAGAGAAAGAAGAAAAACACGAUCCUUGAAGGAGGAAUUAAGACUUGAGCCGGAGGAAGGAAGCGGGAGGAAAACCUGUACAUUCUCCAGCCGGACUACACUGAAGAAUGCUUAUACCUUACUUUACGAUAUCCGCGUUCGUUCGAUGAAUUGAUGAAGAUUAUUUUUUAGAGUAGUUAGCCUAGUUAGUUAAUUACUUUACACCGAUCAUCAGAGAUACGACGAAGGUGGAGGCGGGUACGAAGGUCACGGUAGUUUGUUAUCAAGUAUCACAGGAGAGCGGAGCGCUGGAGUCCCCAGUCACCCAGAAGCGCCGUGGUUAUAGAAUCGAACGCCUAGAGAGGAGAGUUACUGCUGUUUUUACUACUGUCUACUAGAACAUGUUGAUUUGUUCCAUACUAUCUCGCUUGUGUAACGUUUGUAUGUAUAUAUCGGUUAAACUAGAAAAGAAACGAAUGGGGACGGUAAACGGCGAAUGGCGAGCGGAAGGUGCGCGAAGGCGCUAGAUAAUCGAGCAAGAGCACAGUUGCGCAAAGACACGUGAGCAUGCCCUUACAUCAAUACACAGCUAACUAUCAAGCAACUAUGAAUAGGGAUCCAAACCAAACAAACAAAACAAUUGAACGAACAAUGGUGACGAACCGUGAGGAGCCUGAAUCUUUGGCGAGAGGUGGCUAGUAUUUUUUCUGUUAUCAUGUAAUCAAACUCGCUCAUGGACAUCUUUGAACGGAUUCACAAGUUAUGCCUUUUUUUAACAAAACAAGAAUAAAAACCAGAAACUUUUCAAACGUACCGAA